AUGACUCUGUUAUGUUUCUUUGUGGCUCACCUAAACUGAAUUCGCAGUUGCGGUGUAUAAACUUUUGUUGAACAAUAGCCUCACCUCAGCAUGGACUUUGACUUUUAGUCUCUGGUGAAAAACGUUUUUUGAAUAGUGUCUGACCGAAGCAUAGACUCUCCCUUUUAGUUCAGUGAAAAACUCGAACUUCAUACCCGUGCGCUUAAUGCUGUAAUUCAUUGAAUAAAUGUAAAUUAAACUUAAACAACAAGUAUUUUUCACUAACCAGAAAUACAGCAUUUUUUUAUUGCAACUUAGCCUUAAAAAUAGCCACCACUAGUUUCCCACAAAAUGAAAACCAGUGGUGGUCGGAGUCGCGAAUUGGCUAAUUGGAAAUAAACCCUUCAAAAUUUGUAAUGAACAGUGAAAUUUUCUACGCAACCCAAAAGAAUUAUAAAGUUUUUGCCUAACUAUAUCUAACAUAAAAGAACCCUCCAAGGAAAGAAGUAAAAAAAUUGGACUUAUAAAGGUAGAUACAUCGACAAAGUCUGGCCGAAAAAAUUAAACAAGCUCUUCAGAUACCGACUUUGACUAUUAGUUGAAAAAACAUGCACUUUAAAUGCCCCCUCCCUGCCCCCCCUCCCCCCCUCCCAUCAUCCAUCACCACCCUGCAAUAGGCUUCGCCUUUGAACGUGUGUCCACUUACAGGAUUAUAUGAAUUAUACUACUACAUGAGAAAUUUCUGCAAUUUGAUUGGCUGAGAGUAGUGGUAUUUCGGCUUAAUCGGAAUUACCUACAUGUGAAAACUACAAACCUUUUGCAGGUAGUAGUGUAAACAAAUAAUAGCCUGAUUUGUAGGUGAUAUUUGGCAUGAAUACCACUCGUGAUAUUUCAUAAUUGUCUCAAAUUUCACUCGCCUAACGGCUCGAAAUAUCACUUGCGGUAUUUAUGCCAAAUAUUACUAGUUAUCAUGCUAUUAGCUAUACUAAUUUGUUAACAUCCCCGCUUGUAAUUAAAUCCAACCAUUAAGGUAUAUGCAAGUACAAACAGUACUCGGACUUCUUAUAAAAUAUUUUGUACUGCUUUGAUGUAGAAAAUCAGCUGUGUUUAAACAUCUUCUAUCUUUGGCUCCAGUUGUUCAAACGUCAGAGAGUGCUUAAUCCACUGGAUGACGCCCUAUUCAAUACAUAAGUGUUAGGGAAACGAACUGCAUAACAUUACCCACCUUUAAACAACUAGAGCUUGGUUUGGUGUAUAUUGAAACAAAAUUAUUUUCAUUUAUGCCAGAUUUAAGUACUGGUUAGUUCACCAUAUCAAAGUAGCACGUUACAUAUCCCACUAUUAUGGGAAAAACUGUCACUAUCAUUUUGCAGUAACCUGUGCGGUCAUUUAAGGAAAAAGUGAAAUUAAAAAUAUUACAUUUUUACAUCAAAUACAGCUUUGAAAGGCUAAUGAAAACCCUCAGCUUAUAAACCUUGUCAGAGUGUCCCUAGUCUGUUUACUUUAUUACGAGACUUGCUGAACAAUCAGCUGCACUUCCUUGUACUUCUUUUACGAGUUGACUAAUGCUUCAGAGAUCAACUGCACGAAAGGAACUAAAUUCGAUACUAUUAGAGUAUCAGGUGACGUGCGUUCUACGUGACUCAGUCUAGGGUAGUGUUAUAUUUUGCACAGUGAGUAAAUGCCAAAAAAUAUAUAAUGUUCUCCUUUUUUCGUUGCCUUUCAGGUCUGUCAUUUCAUAACAAAAAACAGAAAUUUUCAUCUUAAGGAAAUCCGUAGUUAAGGGAUUAGGAAGUGUAUUUGCACGGUAUGACCAAAGAGUCAUAAGCUACCUAUAGUUACACAAAAUUACAGGUACAAAAUUAGGCACAAUAUGACAACGUUGAGGGAGGUGUGAAAUGAAACGUAGUUCAUAAUAAUAAACUACAAUAAUAGUACACAACGACUGAGUGUUUAUAUUCAUGAUUCCAAAGUCGUGUAUUAAGGUUAAAGACAGAUUUCUGCCCUGCCGACCCAGACGUAAAAAGUUUCCGGUUUUAUAAUACGUCGCGUGUAAUUAUCACGUAACUUUUUCUGGGUCAAGUAAGUUGUAUUUUUAGUUCGAAAACUUAACCUACGUUGUAGGCGAUAUUUUGGGCGCGAUCGAGAAAAACGAGUCACCUAAAAUAGAAUUUGGAUACAAUGAAGCACGUAGAACUUAGUCACGUGGUAUAUGCUCUGCUAGAUUUUACUCUCUAAUAUAAGCAGGCUUUUCAAACUUUUGUGCAACUUCAUCGACCCAUUUUAUCUCUAAGCCACGUUUCGUCAGCUCGUAAAAGAAAUGCAACGAAGUGAAGCUGAAGGUUACCAGCAAGCCUCGCUUUCCGAGCAAAAAGUGGACGGUGAAGACUUCAUCCAAACAGAUGUCUGCCCCAAAGCUGGAGACUUCAUCUUGGAUUUAGGCUGCGGUACAGGAGAACUGUCUGCAUACCUCGCAAAGUUGGUAGGACCCAAAGGAAAGAUUAUUGGUGUCGAUCCUGACGAGGAACGAAUUCAACUGGCCAAAGAGUCGCACAGUCAAAUCGAGAAUCUCUCGUUUGUAGAAGGGAGUGCCAUAAACUUCCCAGGAAUUGGUGCUGAAGUCUACGACAUCAUUUUCAGUAAUCACGCUCUUCAUUGGAUGUCUAACAAGCAACAAGUCUUCAACAACAUGUUUGACAGUCUUAAGGUUGGAGGAAAAGUAGCAGUUCAGUACAUGUCCUAUCUACCCUUGUUUGAUUACAACGCUUACGUGCUACUGAAUCCCGAAAACGCAGAGCGUAUUUUUCGUUUGUUCCAUCUUGAGUCAAAAACGAAAAUCGAGCGGUAUUGUUUAUCGGCGGGAUUUGAAAUCAUUCGGAGUUUUGACACCCACUGCAAGGGGCUUGUGUUUGAAACCGUUCAGGAGCUCCUCGAGUGGCAAUGGUCGGGUACAUAUGGCGUGUUUGAUCCUUCCCUUGUCACUGAAGAGCGUUUGCAAAAGUAUCUAGCUCCCUACACUGAUGAAGACGGGAAGCUCUCUCUUGACUUUCGAGGAACGAAACAUGAAAAGGUUACUGCUUCCCGACUGAAAGCCGUUAAGAAAGACAAAGAACAUUCAUAA